GUGUUGGGAGCUUUGCCAGCCAUUAAUAAAAGAGAAAGAGCAGGAAAACCCCAAAUCCACAAGAAUUCCUCAGCCCGUGGGACAAUGGGGACCAGGCACAGCCUCCAGCCUUUGUCUGAGCAGGAGAUGCAAAUUAAAGAUUCGAAUUUAAAUUAACAGAGGCAAAUAUUCCACCUGGACUGCUGGAUGUGGCGCUUUGGAAUCUGGAUGUGCAGCAUCCAUUUCUCUGGGGCUGGAUCAAUAAAAGGGAAAGAAGCAGGAACGGGAAAAGAAAAGGCUCGGCAGGAUCAAUGAAAACAUUCCUCCCACAUUCCACUGCUAUUCUGGACUCGAUUAGCACAACUCACCCGAUGAAAGGAGCUGGAAAUCAACGUGCAGAGGAGGGAGGAAGGCAGAGAGUGCCCCCGGCCUUUGUCUCGGGCAGGUUUUUGGCCGCUCCCCUCGCUGCCGCUGACCCGAUUCCGCGCCGCUCGCUCCUCCCCGCUCCAUGUGAUCCCAUUUCCCCCGAAAUAAAGUUGACAAAUUCGCCCGGGCUCAGAUGGUGCUGCCGGGGCGGCGUGGAGCGGUUCCGCCCGAGCUGUAGCUGCGGCACCGCCGGGCUCGGGGCUGGCGGCUACCGGGCUGGGCUGGGGACUACCAACCCGGGCUCUGGGCUACCUGCUUGGGUUCCUGGGCUCUCUGCCGGGCUCGGGGCUACCGGGCUGGGCUCUGGGCUACCAACCCGGGCUCGGGGCUACCUGCUCAGGGCUACCUGCUCCCCCUCCGGGGCUACCUACCCGGGCUCUGGGCUACCUACUCGGGUUCCUGGGAUACCUGCUCGGGCUCUGGGGCUACCUGCUCGGGUUCCUGGGCUACCAGCCCGGGCUGCCACCGCACACAGCCCCGAGGAGCGGGGAGAACGCGGCCGGAGCCAGGAUUUUCCAAGGCAGAAGAAAAUGGAUCAGUUUCUGCUGUAAAAGAACCUGGUUUGUUGUACACCAAGGAGAAUCAGGAUCCCACCAGAUUUUGCUGUUUUUAUAAGAACACAACUUUCCCCUGGCUCGUGGGCUGGGAAACGAGGAAUUCCACACUGCAGCUGAGCCUCCAUUGAUAUCAAAUCUCAUUCCUGAGAUAUCAAACCUCCCUGCUGAGCCUCCAUUGAUAUCAAACCUCAUUCCUGAGAUAUCAAACCUCCCUGCUGAGCCUCCAUUGAUAUCAAAUCUCAUUCCUGAGAUAUCAAACCUCCCUGCUGAGCCUCCCUGAAUAUCAAACCUCAUUCCUGAGAUAUCAAACCUCCCUGCUGAGCCUCCAUUGAUAUCAAACCUCAUUCCUGAGAUAUCAAACCUCCCUGCUGAGCCUCCAUUGAUAUCAAACCUCAUUCCUGAGCCUCCAUUGAUAUCAAACCUCAUUCCUGAGCCUCCAUUGAUAUCAAACCUCCCUGCUGAGCCUCCCUGAAUAUCAAACCUCCCUGCUGAGCCUCCAUUGAUAUCAAACCUCAUUCCUGAGCCUCCAUUGAUAUCAAACCUCAUUCCUGAGAUAUCAAACCUCCCUGCUGAGCCUCCCUGAAUAUCAAACCUCAUUGCUGAGCCUCCCUGAUAUCAAACCUCAUUGCUGAGCCUCCAUUGGUAUCAAACCUCAUUCUUGAGCCUCCAUUGAUAUCAAACCUCAUUGCUGAGUCUCCAUUGAUAUCAAACCUCCCUGCUGAGAUAUCAAACCUCAUUCCUGAGCCUCCAUUGAUAUCAAACCUCUCUGCUGAGAUAUCAAACCUCAUUCCUGAGCCUCCAUUGAUAUCAAACCUCAUUCCUGAGCCUCCCUGAUAUCAAACCUCAUUCCUGAGCCUCCAUUGUUAUCAAACCUCAUUGCUGAGCCUCCCUGAUAUCAAACCUCCUUACUGAGAUAUCAAACCUCCCUGCUGAGCCUCCAUUGAUAUCAAACCUCCCUGCUGAGCCUCCAUUGAUAUCAAACCUCAUUGCUGAGAUAUCAAACCUCAUUGCUGAGCCUCCCCAUGGCCGCACACCCCGAGGCAGCCUCUCCCUCCCGGCUGUCCCAGCCCUGACCAUCCUCCCACCCCGAUGCGGCCCGGGCUGGAGCCGGGCUUUGCCGGGCUGAACCUGAGCCGGGAGGCUUUGCUGGAGCCGGGCUUUGCCGGGCUGAACCUGACCCGGGAGGCCGCGCUGGAGCCGGGCUUUGCCGGGCUGAACCUAACCCGGGAGGCUUUGCUGGAGCCGGGCUUUGCCGGGCUGAACCUGACCCGGGAGGCCGCGCUGGAGCCGGGCUUUGCCGGGCUGAACCUGACCCGGGAGGCUUUGCUGGAGCCGGGCUUUGCCGGGCUGAACCUGACCCGGGAGGCCGCGCUGGAGCCGGGCUUUGCCGGGCUGAACCUGAGCCGGGAGGCCGCGCUGGAGCCGGGCUUUGCCGGGCUGAACCUGAGCCGGCAGGCCGCGCUGGAGCCGGGCUUUGCCGGGCUGAACCUGAGCCGGGAGGCCGCGCUGGAGCCGGGCUUUGCCGGGCUGAACCUGACCCGGGAGGCCGCGCUGGAGCCGGGCUUUGCCGGGCUGAACCUGAGCCGGGAGGCCGCGCUGGAGCCGGGCUUUGCCGGGCUGAACCUGAGCCGGGAGGCUUUGCCGGGCUUUGCCGGGCUGAACCUGAGCCGGGAGGCCGCGCUGGAGCCGGGCUUUGCCGGGCUGAACCUGACCCGGGAGGCCGUGCUGGAGCCGGGCUUUGCCGGGCUGAACCUGACCCGGGAGGCUUUGCCGGGCUUUGCCGGGCUGAACCUGACCCGGGAGGCCGUGCUAGAGCCGGGCUUUGCUGGGCUGGACCCGGAGCGGCCGCCCGGCCCGCCCGCCUCGGGCAUGGCGCUGCUGGCGCUGCUGCUGCUGCUGCUGGCGCUGCUCGCCGCCUCCCUGCUCGCCCAGCGCUCGCACCGCGGGCGGCUCCGCGGCCAGCGGCUGCAGAGGGCACACGAGGAGUACCAGAGGGACCAGGGGAGCGGAGCCGGCCAGAGCUCGCCCGGGUUCGUGGCGUAGCGAGGGGGAAAAUCCACCGGGAAUCGCCUGGGAGUGAACAGCAGGUUUGAGAUUCGCAAGGAAAUUGGUUUUUCUAAGAGUUGUUAGCAGUUACUACAGCUUUAUUGUAAAUAUACGUAUUUAUACUUUUAGUCUCAUUUGUGCCAAGUGCAACCAAUGCAAUGAUGUGUUUUUAAUCGUUUUAAUCCUGGCUGGGAGGUGGGGAGGGGCUGGGAUGGAAUUCCCAGGGAAGCUGUGGCUGCUCCUGGAUCCCUGGCAGUGCCCAAGGCCAGGCUGGAGGCAGGGAGGAGUUUUUGGGUCCAUUCCAAGCCCAACCACAAUUUUCUGUGCAUUGCUGAACCUGCAAAUUUCAAUCUGCUGCUGUCACUCUUUCAAAAAGCCACUGGGGGUGAAGAGGCAGAUUUGGGGGAUCCCAAAGCACUGAUCCCACAGGGGCUGGAAUUCCAAUCCCAAGGGAAGCAGCAGCUUCAACUCCUUUUUUAAAUCUCCUUUUUAAACCACAGUGUGUUUCUAUUUCCACAGAGAAAUGACAGGUUUAUUGUGAGCAGCACUUCUAACUAAUCUUUUCUAAGCAAGUGAUGGAUGUAAUCUGAAUAAAUGUCAUUGUUUUAUAAAGUACAAACCCUGUGAAGUUCCAAGUCUCCAGCUUGCUGUAUGUAUUUUUAAAUACUGUGAUGAUGCUGUAAACUUACCUCUGUUGGCAAAAAAAAAAAAUGUUCUAUUUCAAAAUGUCAGGAUGAAGGAUGUGAAUGUUCUGAAAGUGCUAUAUCAACAACAACAAAAAAAAGAGAAUUUUCACAGAAUAUUCUAAGGGGUUCUGUUACAUGCUACAAAUCUAUUUUACAAGGGUAUUUAUGGCUCAUCCAGCCUAGUCUGUGAGAACAGCACUAUUUUAUUACAGAAUUAAUAAAUGAAUAAAUGAGCAGUGAAUAACCAUGCCCAGAAGCUGG